UGCCAUUCGUUCUACUUUCUACUCUGCCGCCUGAGACAACCACAUCCUCCCCAAACCGGAUAGGCUUCAUGGAGAGCUCAGAUGUGGAGCUGGACUUCCAGAGGAGCGUGCAGGCUGUGCUGCGAGAGCUCAACACCCCAAACCCAGCCCUGCAAAGGAAUCAGGGCAUGUGGAGAUGGUCUCUGCACAAGAAGGUGGAGCGAAAUCCAGGAAAGAGCUCCGUGCUGGUCCGGAUUCUGCUCAGAGAGCUGGAGAAGGCAGAAAGCGAGGAUGUGCGGCAUGUCAUCGUCCCCUUGCUGCUCACUCUAAUGUGCGUGCUCACUAAGGCCACAAGCAUCACAGAAGAGCUCUACCACAGAGCCUACACCUUCUGCACCAGGCUGCUGACCCUGCCUGCCCCCUACUCUACAGUCGCCUUGGACUGUGCCAUAAGGCUGAAAACAGAGAUGGCAGUCCCAGGGACGCUGUACCAGAGGACUGUCAUUGCGGAGCAGAACCUGAUGAGUGAACUAUACCCUUACCAGGAGAGAGUGUUCCUGUUUGUGGACCCUGAGCUGGUUUCUGCCUCUGUGUGCAGCGCCUUGUUGUUGGAGAUCCAGACAGCCCAAGAGCAGCAGACACCUGAGGCGUGCAUGCGCCACGUGGUCUGCCACGCCCUGGAGGCAGCUCUGGGGGACGACUGCCACACAGGUGCUCUGAACAGGAAGCUGCAGGCCACCUCCCGUCGCGUCCUGGAGUACUAUUUCCAUGCCGUAGUGGCUGCCAUAGAGCAGGUGGCCAACGAGGACAAUCCCAGCCGGCUGGGACACCUGGAGAGGCUGGAGGAGAUUUACUGCUCGCUGCUAGGGCCUGCGACCACAAGAAGGCGCUGCGUCGGUGACUUUCUCCAAGACCGACGGCCAAGCAUCCCCUUGCCCGGCCCCUGCAUCACCUUCCACCUGUGGACCGACCAGGAGCAGCUGUGGAAGGAACUGGUGCUCUUCCUCCGCCCACGCUCCCAGCUGCGCCUCAGUGUUGACUUGGAAGCCUUGGACCUACAAGGUCUCAGGCUAGACUGGGGCUUGGCCCGGGUGUCCACUGACAGUGGUAUUGAGCGGGACCUCCCUGUAGGGAGUGACGAACUCCCGGCUGCCCCCAGCUCUGAGAUGGAGCGGGCUGCACUGCAGCGCAAAGGGGGUAUCAAGAAGCGCGUGUGGCCCCCUGACUUCUCCAUGCCCGGCAGCUGGGAUGGGCCCCCCGGCUUGCAUCGGAGGACAGGCAGGCCCAGCGGCGACGGGGGACAGCUACCUGGAGUCUCCAGGGUGCAUACAGCCCGCGUGCUCGUCCUCGGAGACGACAGGAUGGUAGGGCGCUUGGCCCAGGCAUACUACAGACUCAGGAAACGGGAGACCAGGAAGUUCUGCCUUACUCCUAGACUCAGCCUGCAGCUCUACUACAUCCCUGUGCUGGCGCCUCAGGAUCCGGAAGCAUCUGGUAAGCCUGAGCUGGGAGAGCUGGCUUCCUUCCUGGGCCAAGCAGACCCGUGGUACGAAAGCACUGUCAACACUCUGUGUCCUGCCAUCCUCAAGCUGGCCGAGAUGCCUCCCUGCUUGGACACAUCCCGGCCUGUGGACCCCUUUAUUCUGGAUGUCAUCACUUACUAUGUCCGCAUGGGCACCCAACCCGUCUAUUUCCAGCUCUACAAGGUCAAGAUCUUCACCAACCUGAGUCAUGACCCUACAGAGGAUAUUUUCCUCACUGAGCUGAAGGUGACGAUCCAAGACUCCAAGGGCCCUAAAGAAGGCUCUUCACCUCGAAGGAGAGGGGCAGCUGAGGGCCCAGGAGCUGAGCUGUCCGUGUGCUACCAGAAGGCCCUGCUCAGCCACAGGCCCCGAGAGGUCAUCGUUUCUCUGAGGGCCACCGAGUUGGUCCUGAAGGCCAUUCCUGCUGGUGACACUGAAGUUUCAGGGUUCUCCCACUGCACCUCGCCGAAUGCUCCAGGCUGCUCAUGUCUGCACGUCAGCGUGACGGAGGUUGUCAAGUCCUCCAACCUGGCAGGAAGGUCGUUCACUACGGCAGCAAACACCUUCCGGACGUCCAGUAUCCAAGUCCAGAGCCAAGACCAGAGGCGGCUCACGCUGUGGCUGGACAAGGAUAGUCGGCGUACUUUCAGGGAUGUGGUCAGAUUUGAGGCUGGUCCCUGCCCAGAGCCGUGUUCUCGGGCUCAGAAAUCCAAAAUGGCGGGGCUCAACUCACACAGGCAGGAGACGGAGACGAAAGUGGCCAAACCCAAUUCCCUUCUGAUGCCCAUCAACACAUUCUCCGGCAUCAUCCAGUGAGCCUGGCAGGACAGUGGAAGAUCUGGAUCCAGCGGCAGCAGACCCAAGGAGGAGGAAACACACUACCCACCUACCCACAACACUCACACUGACAGCCCCACUGGGCAGCUGGGCCUGGACUGGGAGCCAGAGAAUGGGAGCUGGAUUGUGAAGGAGGAGGAGCCAUGCCAAGCGUGCCAGAUUGCUGGACAGAGCUGGGAAGAGAUGAGCACGUACGCACACAACCCAGCUUCUUCCAGAAAACGUCAUUCCUUGUGGUGACGUUCAUCUCAUUUC